AGGUGACGUAGAGGGCUCGUGGUUGGAAGGUUCGCGGGAAACGUCCCAAAACAAAUUAGUUCUGAUGGACACACGAGCGACUUCAGGCACCGUUUGAACUUUAACUGAUCAAAGUUAACGUUGUCUUUAAACGCGGUAGUAUAACGUAAAUUGUCCGCCGUUAGCGAGUUUAUCUUACUCUGAAACUGAACGACCUAACUAGCUACUGUAGCUCCAAGCUAACACAACACUGUCAGCGGGCGCUAAUCGGGUAGCUUAGCACCAACGGACGGUUUGGUUAACGGUGAACAGGAGUUGAGGACUCGGUAAACAGUGGGUGAAAUGGCAGAGAGGCCAGAAGACCUGAACCUACCCAACGCGGUGAUCACCCGCAUCAUCAAGGAGGCGCUCCCAGAUGGGGUGAAUGUGUCGAAAGAAGCAAGGAGAGCCAUAUCCCAAGCUGCCAGCGUGUUUGUAUUGUAUGCAACCUCCUGUGCAAAUAAUUUUGCCAUGAAAGCCAAGAGAAAAACUCUGAACGCAGGAGACGUCUUGGCUGCGAUGGAGGAAAUGGAGUUUGAACGAUUCCUGGAGCCUCUCAGAGAAGCUUUGGAAGUGUAUAAGAAAGGCCAGAAAGGAAAGAAGGAGGUGUCGGAGCAGAAGCGCAAAGAUAAAGAGAGGAAGACCGACUCUGAGAAUGAUAAGAGCAGGGAGGAGGAAGAGGAGGAGGAGGAGCGCAUGGAGGAGGAGCCUGAAGCCGAGGAGGAGGAGGAGGUGGAAAACUGAGGACGUUUCACCACAAACUUCCGGUGACACAAACGAUGAAAUGCUCUUCAUCAGCUCCUCUGAGGUUAUCACUGUCUGGACACGAUGCAUUUAAGUGACGCUUGUUCGUCAUCCAGCAGCUGUGAAUCAAUAAGAUCCAGGUUACAGUGCAGCAACACUGAUGAACUCAAAGGAGGUGAGGUUACAGUCCAGGUCUUUGUGGCGGUGCAGCUUCUGUCUUCCAACCAAACGCACAACAAACAUCCAACACAAAGCACAAAGACACCACACAUCUAACAUCACACUCACACCUUGCUAACUUAGUCUUGGUCCAUUUUGUAUUUUAAUCAUUUUUUUCUAUAAACCCGACUCAUGUUUUGAUACCAAUGCUGUUUGGUUUCUUCUAUAACAGGAUUUUUUGACAAUAAGCAACAUGCAGCAGUUCAGAAAGUGACUGAUUCUGUCUUUAUUGAACCAAUACAAUCUGGCAAAUAAGCUUUUCAUUCAGUUAACCACUGGAGGGGGUGAGAACAUAGGCAGUAACUUGAUCGGUUAUGAACAGGCGUCUGAAAUGUCUGAGCACUGUUACAAUGCCUGUGAUACUUUUCAAAAGGAGAAAUAUCAAUACAUUUUUUCUACAAAACACCCUUUAUUAAUUUAUCAAGAGAAAACAAAGUUCUCUAAAGUAAACAUGUAACCGCACAAGAACCUUUACCGAAUAAAAUGUUUAAAGUCUCAUCAUUGAAUAAGUUAACAAAAAAAUAAAAGUCCUGACAUUUGCUGUUUUGCAUUUGUCAGGUGAGAAAGAUUUGAAACGUGUUUGUAAGACAGUGAUCACUGUAAUGAACUGCUGUUGGGACUACAUCACUUCAUACCCAGUACAAAUAGCUGCACCAGUGUGAAUAGGUCCUUUUUGUUCCCUAACUGCUGAGUUUUUGAACCAUUUAUACUUUUGUAGAGUUGUAUAUGACUGGCUGAGAUUUUCAAUAAAUAUUUUGUAUAAAACCAA